UCAUGAAUUACAGGGCUUUAAUCGAUAUAUGCAUCCUAGAAAUUAUUAUAAAUAUUAUCAACCUGACUUUAAUGCAUUAUGCCAUAAUUACCCUGAUAUCCUUGGCAAAUACAUGGUUCAAAGUAAAUGUAAACGUAAUUAUAAGGAUCAAUCAACUAUCAUUGAAACGGAUCAAAACCUGGGGAAUAUGGAGUAUGGACAGUCUUUUCAUUACACCAUAAACUUUUCAAAUCCCAAAUCUACUCUUGCACUCACACAAGUUUUAUUGAAAGAUCAUUUUAAUUUAGAUAUACAAGUGCCUGAGGGACGCCUAAUUCCUACUGUCCCACAAAAACUUAAUUAUAUUCUUUGGAUAGAAGACUUAAUAUCUGUUUCUUAUACCUUAGAUCAAACUUUUUCUUCAAAUUUUAUAAAUUCAUCAUUUAAAAAUCAUGAAAACUUAGAAUCCAGUCCCUUAAAACUUAGCAAUACACACACAAAUCAUGGGAAUGUAAAGUUUAUAAAUGGUUUAGAUAUAGGCACUGGAUGUUGCUGUGUUUAUGCCCUACUGGGCUCAAUUAAAAAUGAAUGGACUUACUUAGGCACUGAACAGGAUGAUAUUGCUUAUAAAAUAGCAACCCUCAAUUUAAACCAUCAAAAUCAAAGUCUUGCAGACAAAGUUAAACUUUUGUUAACUAAAUCAAGUGAUAAAUUAAAGUAUAAUAAAGAAAUAUUUGAUGAUACAUUAAAAAAUAAAGCAAAAAGACAGAAAACAGAGAUACCUUAUAGUAAUAACAAUGAUAAUAUUGAGGAAUUUCCUGAAUUAGAUAAAACAAAGUAUAAAGGAAGGGAUACACAAUUAGAUAUAGAUAAUGAAAAAGUUAGUAUACAAAUUGUCUUGAAAAAUGGGGAUGAGGAAUCAUUACUUGAUGAUAAUAGAAUAAAACUUAUGAAUCAAAAUAUUGAUAUCAGCUAUGAAAAAACUCAUAUAAACAUUGAAAAUUCUGAUGAUGAUUCUAAGGAAAAACUAAUGACAAUGGAGCACUCUGAUAAAAUAUUUCCUAAUUACCAAGAAUGUUUACAAUUAUAUGCUCCUGCCAAAGAAAUCCAUUUUCAAUUCACUAUGUGUAACCCUCCUUAUUAUUCACGUCAGGAACUUUCCCAAAUUCGAUAUUCCAAAAUAAACACCCUAAAAAAUAUUGAAAAUAUUAAAGAGAAGGUUCCAAGAGCUUCUUUAGAAAAUACUAACACCUUAGAUAUUUCUGGCAAAAUUGAUAUUGAAAAUAUAGUAUCUUGCCAUACAGACACAGAUUUCAGUGUUGAUACUCAUAAAAUGUCCAAAGAAAAUAUUAUAAAAAAUCAAUAUAAAUCUUGCUCUAAUCCAUACUCCCACCAAACAGAUUACAUAGACCUGGAAAGUGAUAUGGUUUAUAAGGAAAAGGAAGGGGAAUUUGGCUUCAUUUUAAAUAUGUUCCACGAAAGCCAGGUAGAACCCUGGAGAAGUAAUGUGGACAUUUUCACUUGCCUCAUCGGUAAGAAAGUAACUUUGGAGAAGUUGUUAGAAAAGGUUUUUUCCAAAAACUUGAAUUCUAUUCCAAAUAAGCAUUUUAAAUACACUUUCACAGAGUUCUGUCAAGGCAAAACUAUGAGAUGGGCUGUGGCAUGGAGUUAUCAGGAUUUUAUAAAACUACCCCCUGGAAAAUCUAUUUUCGACGAUGAACCACUAAUUGAAAUGUUAAAUUACACAAUUUUACCAAAGGUGGGUGAUUCUCAUAAACAUCAUACCAACCAUGAUCAAAUUACCUUGGACCUUUUUCGAAAUUUAUUUAACGCUUUAAAUUACCUCUCGGAACGAGAUUUUAUCGAUAUUCAGAUUGCGACAUUCGGUGUCGAAUGUGUGUCCUUCAUUUCAAGGAUACAUUUAAAUGAAAUUUCCUUAGAAACAUUACAAAAAAUCGAAAAAGAAAGAGUAUCCAUUGAUUCUCGCAACAAUGCCCCAGAAGCCAUCUUACUUGAUCACAUCAUCAGCUUGCUUCGACAAAAUAACGUUAGCCGUGACAGCCAGAUAUCGGCUAUCAUCAAACAAUUUGAAUUCUCAUGUUUGUGUUCUGUUGUCAAGACCUCGUCCUUCGAUAUGAAUCAGAAAAAUGCCUACCCGGGAUUCAAAAUUAUCGUCGAAUGGAUGUACGGUUAUAACCCGUUAUGUAUGCAUAAAUAUUUCCUCAUGUUGACCGAUGUCAUUAAGAUCAUAUUGCAAAAUGAGUUUACAGUUACUUAAUGUCCACAUUAGAUAUUAUAUUAUUUUUUUAAGUUAUAAAUAUAAU